AUGAGGAGGCGAGCGGGAGUUGGAGCUAUACAAAAACAAAAACUAGAACAAGAAAAGUAUAAGGAAAAAGGCUCUGAAAUACAAGAAAAUCAGUUUCAACAGAUGUGUAAACAAUUAGAAGUGUUUAGAGAGAACCUUGAAGAUUUUGCUUCUAAGCACAAGAAUGAAAUAAAAAAGAAUGCCCAGUUUAGAAGACAAUUCCAAGAAAUGUGUGCUGCUAUUGGUGUUGACCCACUGGCUUCCGGAAAAGGCUUUUGGUCGGUAUUAGGUAUUGGUGACUUUUAUUAUGAACUGGGCGUGCAAAUUGUAGAAGUGUGUUUAGCUACGAAUUACAAGAAUGGUGGUCUCAUCACCUUGGAUGAACUGAGGAGCAAGUUGAUAGCGGCGCGAGGAAAGGCCAAAAAACACCAGGAUAUUACGAAUGAGGAUUUAUUGGCCGCUGUGAAGAAACUUAGGAUAUUUGGCAAUGGAUUUACAGUUAUCCCCAUAGGCAAAGGAAAAUGGCUUGUACAGUCUGUGCCAGGAGAACUGAAUCUAGAUCAGACUUUGGUCCUGCAGAAAGCAAGUGCUUUGGGUACCGCUUGGGUGUCUGCUAGCAUACUCACUGGAGAUCUACGUUGGAAUGAAACAAGAGCACAAAAUGCUCUCAACCACAUGGUCAAAGAAGGGCUCGCGUGGGUUGACACACAAGACACAAGUGAAACGCUGUAUUGGUUCCCCAGUAUGUUUGCAGAAUGCGUGUCGGCGUGA